CAGGGUCCCGGAAAACUCAGAAUUCCACUACUCUCUUCAGUGGCUGACGCUUUCGCAAACUACUCUGCGAGAAUACCGAGACUCUGCUCUCCACAAAUUGUGGCUGUUCAUGAUCUGCUCUCCACUGUCCACUUGACUGACGAUGAGGAGGACCAUGAUCUCUACAGUUGGUUGGGACGUGAUUCAAACCUCAUAAAGUUCCCAACUGCAGAGACUUGGGAUAGUUUAAGACUAAAAGCUCCUGCCAAGGCUUGGUCAUCCUCUGUUUGGUACAAAGGAGCCACACCUAAGCAUGCCUUUAACAUGUGGCUAGCUCAACUUGACAGGCUACCAACUAGAGACCGUCUUAUUUCUUGGGGCAUGCCGAUCUCUCCCGCCUGCUGCAUUUGUUCUCAAUUUGCUGAAUCUAGAGAUCACCUUUUUCUUAGGUGUGUGUUCAGCGAGCAGAUUUGGAAGCUUAUUCUCCUACGUCUAAACCUGUCUCCUUGCACUUUCUAUACUUGGUCUUCUCUUCUUGUGUGGACACGGCUCAGCUCUACCACUGCUCCCACGGUUCUAAGGAAGUUGGUGGCUCAGGCUGCGAUUUACCAUAUAUGGAAGCAGAGGAACAAUCUUCUUCAUAAUCAAGUCUCAAUCCCGGCCUCUACUGUCUUCAUGACCUUGGAGAAGGAGAUCAGAAACACGAUCACUGCUAGAAGGAACAGACGGGUCUUUCGCAACUUAAUGAUCCUUUGGAUUCGAUAAUGCGUUGUUUGACACCCAUCGCUUUGUUUUUUAUUAUGUAACCCUUGUUUUUUAUUUCUUUUUUGGCAAGGUUACAUUCACUUAGGUUAUGCUUUCAUUGUAGAACCUCACCUCUUCAUAUUAUAUGAUAUUCACAUUCCUAUCAAAAAAAAAA